GACCGUACAUUCCAUUUUGAUGACUGGGUAAUCCAGUGAGUAAAGAAGAACGGCUGAAAUUAAAAAUGAAAAGUAUCUAUGCUACUUGUAAAUAGCAAGUUUUAAACUAAAGUUCUACCUGGGAGAACAACUGCUGACCGAAGAUCGCAUUUCAAAUCCGCCAUCAUCAGCUGUGUAGAAAUAAAAUUAAAUAUAAAAAUCAAUUAACUAAGAGAAACCAUUCUAUAUACCAUGUCUAAGAAGAUAAUGUGUUUAUUUGAUGUUGAUGGCACGCUCACUGAUCCUAGACAGGUAAUUAAGCCAGAUGUGGAGAAGUUUAUUUUGGAUGUUACUAGAAAAGAAUUUGAUAUAUCUGUGGUCGGAGGAUCAGAUAUAGAAAAACUGAAAGAACAGUUGGGUGGUGGAACCAUAUUUGAGAAAUACAAAUAUGUUUUUGCAGAAAAUGGACUCAUUGCUUUUCAUGAUGGUAAACAAUUGCCAACAGAAACAAUACAAAGUGUUAUCGGCGAGGAGAAGCUGCAAGAAUUUAUAAACUUUUGUUUAAAAUAUAUAUCUGAAUUACAUUUGCCAAUCAAACGUGGUACUUUUAUAGAAUUUAGAACAGGUAUGCUUAAUAUAUCACCAAUUGGUCGUAACUGUACUAAAGAGGAACGUAUUCAGUUUUAUGAAUACGAUAUUGAAAAUCAAAUUCGUCAGAAAUUUAUUCAAGCUCUUAAAAAAGAAUUUCCAGAUCUUGCUUUAAGAUACAGUAUUGGUGGUCAAAUAUCUUUCGAUGUUUUUCCUAUUGGUUGGGACAAAACGUAUUGUCUCAGACACAUUCAAGGGUACGAUGAAAUACAUUUCUUCGGUGACAAAACGAUGGAAGGUGGUAACGAUUACGAAAUUUAUGAAAGCGAUUUAACUGUUGGUCAUCGUGUAACUUGUCCGGAAGACACGAUUAAUCAACUUAAGGUUCUUAUGGCUGUUAUUAAAGAACAGAAAGAUCGAGAACAAUUUACUCUGCCUUUGCAAUGCGCAUAAUGCACAAAAUUGUUUAAUUUCGUUCUGUUUAAACUACAUUUUGAAAGGCAGGGUGCUCCUUUUUAUUUCUAUUAUUAUAAUAUAAAAGUGUCAAGUUUUAUGCUAUAUAUUAUAAAGAUGUAUUAGUAAACAUAGUUGCUUCCUGUAAGAAUGUAUUAACUUCAUUUGUAUAAACUGUAUAAAAAGGUUUAUACAACAAGUAUCGGGUUAGUGCAUUAAAUGUUUUACUUAAUAAACAGAAAGUAUUUUUACAUGUUA